CUGCGAAGGGCAACGAGGGACGGCCCCGGGCUCCGCAGUCUCCGAAGGCGCCCGGGUCCGCGUCGCCAGCCCGUGAGCAGCUGUGCCCGGAGCCGAUCGUUGCUCGGGCUGCAGAGCGCUGGGGACAGACCCGGGCGGGCGCCAUUUGCAGCCCCGGGCGCGGCAACAAAGGGGCUGCGCGGGAGUAGGAGCGGGCGGCGGGAGCGCGGGGAGAGGGGCCGCGCAAGGGGGCGGUUGGGGCGCUGCCAGCGCGGGGAGGCUGCGGAUGGCGGGGGCGGGAGCGGCUCGGGCCACGCCGGGCACCGGGCGGCGGCAGCAGCGUGGCGGGAGCUCCCGCGGAGCGGCAGCCGGGGCUCCGCUAAGGCGGGCGGCUCUGGGCUGCACGCCCGUCCCGGCCCAGCCCGGCUUGUCCCGACCCGGGGAGCGGAGCGCGGAGCCGGGCGGAGCGCUGGCGCUGCGGUCCCCGCGGCGGGAGUGGGGGCGGCAGCCCGGGAGGCGCCUCAGCGCUCGGGCGGGCGGGUCCGGCGCCGUCGGGCGUCCCGGGCUCCCCGUGGUCGAGCGACCAAUUAGGCCGGGCGAGCGGGUGAUUGACGGCGGCCUCCGCCAAUGGCGGGGGAGCCCGGGCCGGGAGGGCUGCGGCCGCCGGGGUUCUGUUGCGUGGUCCCGGGUUCUGUGGUUCCUUUGGCGACGGGUGUUUGGACCCGGCUGGAGCGGUGCGACGCGGUAGCGGCGGCUCAGGGCACGGCCGCGGUCCUCAAGCACAGCUGCUCGCGAAUAUCUGAGGGCUGCGCAGCUGCCAGCGGGUUUCACACAUCCUAGCAACGUUUCAUCUCUUCUGGAAUGGAGAUUUCUUCUCAUCAGUUUCACCUCCUGGAGCAACUAAAUGAGCAGCGCAGGCAGGACUUGUUCUGCGACUGCAAUAUCCUGGUGGAGGGAAAGGUCUUCAAAGCGCAUCGCAAUGUGCUGUUUGCCAGCAGUGGCUAUUUCAAAAUGCUCCUUUCACAGAACUCGAAGGAGACGAGUCAGCCGACGACGGCUUCUUUCCAGGCAUUUUCUCCGGACACGUUUACAGUUAUUCUAGAUUUUGUGUAUUCAGGCAAACUGUCUCUCACUGGUCAGAACGUCAUCGAAGUCAUGUCAGCUGCCAGCUAUCUGCAGAUGACCGAUGUCAUCAGCGUGUGUAAAACGUUCAUUAAGUCAUCGCUGGACAUCAGCGAGAAGGAGAAGGAUCGCUACUUCAGCCUGUCGGACAAAGAUGUCAAUUCCAACGGCGUGGACCGGUCCUGCGUGUACAGCGCAGGCUGGAGGGCAGAGAGCAGCUCCCCGCCUUCGCACUUGAGUCCAGAUCAAGGGACAUGUAUGAUGGGUGGAAACGCAUGGAACAAUCUCAGCUACUAUCCGCCUUCUCAGAGAACCGCCCAGCAGCAGCUGUCCAAACACGAGCAACGGCAGGAUUCCGGCAAAAGAUCCAGGCACCUGGGACCGCAGCAACCUGCUGACAUUCCUCCCUAUAAAUCAAGCAAGCUGGAGGACAGGGCUGCCGAGCCCGCCGGCCACAGCGCUCAGCCUGAGGAGCAGGGUCAGAUCGAAGCAGAAGUUGAAUCUUCUCACGUGGGAUACCAGUACGGCCAAGGGGCUGACGUGACACCCAGGAACCAGCAGGAGCGUGAAUCACCGCAUUCUUCUGGUAAAGCCAAGUCUUCCAAAGGAGAGGAGCCGUACAGGAGCAUGCCCUUCAUUAUGGGGGUCAUGGGAAGCUGGGCCGAAGCAGAUGAUCUGCCCAGGAUGAGGUUCAAGUGCCCGUUCUGCACUCACUUGGUGAAAAGAAAAGCCGACCUCAAGCGUCACCUUCGCUGUCACACAGGAGAGCGCCCUUACCCUUGUGAAGCGUGUGGGAAAAGGUUUAGCAGGCUAGAUCACCUGAGCAGCCACUUUCGAACAAUUCACCAGGCGUGCAAUCCUAUCUGCAGGAAGUGUAAGCGCCACGUGACCGAGCUAACGGGACAAGUGGUCCAAGAGGGGACAAGACGCUACAGGCUCUGUAAUGAGUGUUUGGCUGAAGCCGGCAUAGACAGUGUUCGCGUUGACUUAGUGGCUGAAGCACCCCUGGAAUUUCCACCAGACGGAAAUAAGGAUUCCCAGUGGCACUACGGAGAAGACAACAGAUCUGACGUGGAGAUCGUGGAGGAUGGGUCGGGCGACCUGGUCAUUCAGCAAGUUGAUGACAGUGAGGAUGAAGUGGAAGAAAAGGAAGUCAAACCAAAUAUUAGGUAGUUGCAAGACAAGAAUUAGGAAUCCUGUGAAGAGGAACAACGUACUGUCAGCCACUUUCUCUUCACCAAGUCCAGACUUGCAUGUUAUUUACGGACACGCUGAGUCCAUUUGGAGUUUUUUUGUUAUUAGAAUCCUCAUACUUUCCUCCAUUAGAAAUAGUUAGUUCUUCAGUUUCCUUGUUCAUACAAUAUUUAAAUUAAGUACGAUGUACAUAAGUUUUUAUAGUAGACAAUAGGUCAGUUCUCAAAACCUCUUUCAAGGGAAUGAGGUCUAAAUACUUUUAAAAAGUCAUACAAGCAUUGCAAAUUGCUCACUUGUUGAAAAUGAAGAGAUGUGGGUUUUAUAGGUAAUAUUAGCUGGUGAUAAAGUAUAAAUACCCCACACACCAGAUGAUGAAGAAAACUUCUCUUCAGUAUUCAGAAAUAAUCUAUGAAAUUUCAUGAAGUCUUCAUGUUAUGAUAAGAAAAAAAAGGCAGCUAAUUAAGAAAGAGCAUAUAAAUGUUUUAGCACAUUUGCCUGGAAAAGCACUUUCUUGUAAAAUGUAUUAUAAUGAGCAGAAUCUUUAGCAGAUCCUUCAAGACUUAUUUCUUUACAAGGAAUUAAACACAUGAAUUCUAGUCCGAGUCAACACAUCGGAGAUAAAAUGAUUACAAAUCUGGCUCGUUAAUUGAUGCCAGUAGCUGAUUUGUACAUUCUGAAAAGUGGGAGCUCAGACUGGACUGUUGUAAUAAGCACUAGGAAAAUACUCUUUUAAGGAAAAGCCUCUCAAAAGUGGCCUCUCUGUGCCAAUGUGAAGGAAACAAUCCUUACCAGGUUACUUAGCUCUGGUUUUCUCUCUUUGUCCCCCUCUUUAUUUGCCAAAACCUGUGGCAGAACAGUUUGUACUGUAUAUAUACUAUAUAAUUGGAAAUGGAACUGAUGAGAUUUUACAUCUGAAACUGUUGCCUAUUCUUGUAUUGACCUGUACACAGUUUAAACUGAUGGGUUUUAAGAUGGAGUCGCUAUCAAUUUCUACAUUCCCAAAGUCAUUUGGUCACCACGAGGACAUACUUGAACCUUUUUCAGUCUGUACUAUACGCCAGUGAGGACAAGAUGUACCGGAAGUGCUAGACAUCAUAUUUGUGUCAUUUUACCUGCAAUUAGACUACCAGAUAUGCCUAAUGGUCAAGAAAGUUCAUUUCUUUAACAGAAUAAGCCGCUUUGUUUUGUUACUGAGUGACUUUGUGUUCCCCGGUGGGUCAAUGGGAGAGGAGCAGAAGGACCCUCCUGGGGUGUUUGAAGCACGUUUGGCUGAAACCCAGGGUAAAUUACAGAACAAUCCCAUAUAUAUCCUAUGUAAUCUCCUUCCCAGGGACAGCUAAAAAUCACUAUUUCAUUGUUAUUUGGGUAAAAGCUGUAUAGCCUCAUUAGUAUCAUUACCAGAGCGUGCAGUAUUUCCACUCUAGGCUGCAGACGGGCAGCCUUGCAGGUCGCUUCAGUGCCAGCUUGAGCAACUCCCAAGCUCACAGUGUCACCAUUCAUGUCUUUCCCCUCAAACGAGAAGAGCCUGCUUGUCCAUUCCCAGCAGUCAAGAAGUGGCAUUUUAUUGCCGUUGCCUUAGACUUGGGCAGGGGGACAGAAUGGUGGAACUUACAAAACUUUCUGAUGACCCAUAUGAAAAUAGGACUUAUUUUUACCUCCGUUUUAUGUCGCACUUUGGUCGGCAGUCCAGAAAAUGGACUUGAUGUGCAAACAGCUGGUUAAUUUCUUAGAGCCUAUUACUCCUAAAAUGCAUAUUAUUAAAUGGCUAAGAAAUAUUCCUGAGCAACCUUAACGAAAUCAAAUACAGAACAAAGAAAUAUAUAAAAGGAUAUGGAAUGACUUUGAUCAAAUUUCAAGAGACAGUGCUUGCUGAAAUUAAAUGUAAUAGGUUUUUUCCGUUUCCCUUUACAUUAAACAGUAUGCACAAUAAAUUCGAGGUAUCAGUGCCUGCUGUCCCAGAAUCCAGAGUGGCCGGGAUUAGUCUGUGUGUGUGUUGGGGGGUGGAUUUAGGGGACAGGAAAAGAAAAUGUCCCUCUGGGCCUGAAAUCUGACCUGGGGUGAGACUAUGAAGUGUUUCUCUGUACUGGGGGGCAGUUUUGGAUCAAUACACAAUCUAAUCUGAUACCAUAAAUCUCAGAAUACUGAGGACCAGAUGCUUCAGAAAAAGGUGUGAAGUGUCUAUAAUGGGCAAAUGGAACAAUCUAUCCAUAUGAAGACAGUUUUUAAGUAUAGGCAGGUUAAUUGUUGAUUUGCCUGGCAAACAAGGAAUUCAACUGUUUUUAUGCGUAAUUGUUAUUCUCAGUAGCGUAACUAGAUACCUGUAGUAAUUUUUGAAGUAUCUUGUUAAGUUUGGAGUUUUAGCUCAAGACUCUGAUUCCAACGGGUCAGCUAUGGUUUCUAUGUUAAAAAGGUUACCAUUUUUACAUUUAUUGCCUUAAUUUCAGUUGUUCCAUUAUUUUUGUAUUGAAAUACAAGAUAAAUGUUAAGUGCCUUA